AUGACCAAUAAAGACUGGCUCAAGACAAAAUUAGAGCAAUUGGAAUUACCUUCUGUCUUGAACAACAAAAUAACAGACCUUUAUCCUCAAUUCACAAGUCAAUUUUCACAAUUGAGUGAAGGUUAUGAAAAGAUGUGGGAGUACUUGACUAUGGAAGAUUUUAGAAAAAUGGUAGAAGAAAUCAAACAACAAGAAAAUGAUCCUCAAGUACAUCCAGAAAUCACUCGAGAUGCUUAUGUAAGAGAAGGAAACACACUGUCUGAUCAAGAAAAAGAGUUUAUGGCAAAAAGAAAACAACAUCAAAAAGAAGCAUUUGCUAAAUUUAUCGGUGAAGAUCCAAGCCAUAUUGAAGAACAAGAUAUACCUGUGGUGGGAUUAGCUUCCAGUGGAGGAGGUUAUCGUGCCAUGAUUGGACUUACAGGUUAUAUGGAUGCCAUGAAAAAAUCAGGUGCAUGGGACUGUAUUAUGUAUUUCAGUGGUAUUUCUGGAUCUUGUUGGACAAUGGCACUCUAUUAUAACGAUCUUACUAAAGCAGAGCCAGAACGAUUAAAGCAACAUUUAGAGGCGCAUGUCAAUACCCAUUGGGCCAAUAUCUCAAAUUUUAUCAAUGUGUUAUUGGCUUCACGAGAGAACAGUAAAUUCCUUUUAGAGGGUGCCAUUCAACGCUAUCAUCAACAAAAGGGCGAUCUUAGUUUAGUAGACAUAUUUGGUGUAUUGAUGGGUGGUACUCUAUUGACCAAAAAGCCCUAUUCAACAAAGACACCUGAGGAUCAAGAAGCCAUGGAACAAGAGUUUAAAAAGGAUACAAUGCAAGAUAUUGAUAAUCGUAAAGUGAUGCAUUUAACAGGCCAAGAAGAUUAUAUCAAAGAUGGACUAGAACCUAUGCCUAUCUAUUGCGUUGUUCGUCAUGAUAUUUCACAUGGCAAGACAUUUGAAGACAGAAUCAAAGAACUCAAGAAUAGUUAUAAGGGUGAAAAUAAACAAAAGGAAGAAGAAACAAAGGAUGAAAUUGACCACAACCAAAAUGAUCACUAUCAAUGGUUUGAAUUCACACCUUAUGAUAUGGGCUGUGAAGAGUUAGAAGCUUGGAUUCCAAUGUGGGCAUUUGGCAGAGCAUUUGAACAUGGUAAAAACAAGGAAAGACUACCUGAACAAACCUUGGAUAUUUUGAUGGGUAUGUUUGGAUCUGCUUUUGCUGCAAGUCUUGUUCAUUUCUAUCAAGAAAUUCGAAGCUUUUUGCCUACUGGUUCACUCAACAAAAUUGACGAUACCAUUCGUCGCUAUGAAUCUUCCAUGUCAAGCUAUCAUCCUAUAUCACCUUCUUCUUUUCCAAAUCCAUUCUACAGAAUACCAGAGACAGUCAAGACAUCAAAGGGACAUACGAUCAAAAGACCCGGUGCUUUAAUCAACAGUAAAGAACUCUAUCUUAUGGACGCAGGCAUGGAUAACAAUAUCCCAUUUUAUCCCUUUUUUCGCGAAGGCAGAGAUGUAGAUGUGAUUUUAGCAGUCGAUCUCAGUGCAGAUAUCCAAACAGCACCUCAUUUUGACCGAGCAGAGAGUUAUAUCAAGCGAAGAGACAUCAAGGGCUGGCCUACAGGUGCUGGUUGGCCCAAACAAGCUGAUCACAGUGACAAUAAGUAUCCUUUAGGUUCUUGCACUAUUUUCGACUCAGAAGCCAAAGAAGAAGUCACUACAUUAGAAACAGAUCAAACUGAAAAAGAACGUUCAGUCACCUUAGCCUAUUUCCCUUUUAUUGUGAAUAAGACCUUUGAUCCUGAAUUUGAUCCACAAGAAGAAGAGUUUUGUAGUACUUGGAAUUUUGUCUAUAAUCAAGAACAAGUACGCAAAGUGACAGGUUUAGCAGAGGCCAAUUGGAAUGACAAUAUUGAAAAGAUGAGAUAUGUCUUGAAACGAGCCUGGCAAAAGAAAAGAGACGCAAGAUUACAGUCAAAAAAAUAA